AUGGUGAAGACGGUGUUAAAGUUGCUUCCUGAUGGAGACUAUAUUCAACUUCCUGAGGACUAUAGUGGUUUAGACUUAUUGGCUGAAGUGUGUACACUGAAACCUGAAAAACUUGAAAGACUUGUUAACGAACAAGUCAUUGGACACGUACAACAUUGCCCUGAUUGUCACAUCCUCGAGCCGCCACGGGCAUCGUCUUCCGAGGACAAAGGCGAUGUUUGCGGAAUGGCAGCAGCCAUGAAGAUGUCGAGAGAUUAUUCAAUUAGCCUGCCGUAUUCGGUGUUGAAUAGUAACAAGAGAACAAGGCCGUGGGAUACAGGUGACGAUAACGCUACUAAUCAGAAAGAGACGUCGGCGGCGGCAAAGAAGAAAAAGAAACAGAAGAUCAAGAAGACCAAUCAUCAUCAAGGCCCGGACCCACCACCCGCCAUGCCUAUAGAUUUCAGGAACAAAAUUCUUCAACUUGCAGGACCCAAUGCUAUGAUUUCUGAUGAGAAGCUGUUGAUUCAAAAGACAUUAACCAUGAGCGAUUUAUUGAAAAACCAAAAUCGACUUUCCAUUCCCACGAAACAACUGAGAGAUGUCAAGUUUCUGACCGAAGACGAGGAGAGACUGCUUUCUUCUCGCAAUGGCACAAAAGUGGGAUCACUGGACGAUGUUAUGAUUAUCGAGCCAUCGUUAGAAACAAGUCGAGUGAGCUUACGCAUGUGGGAGAUGAGAAAGGCAAAUGGCAACAAUAGCAUCUCCUGCGUUAUCACCAAAACUUGGAAUGCAAUCAGGGAAAGGCACCAUCUUGAAGAAGGGAUGAUUGUUCAAGUCUGGGCUAUUCGAGUUGGCGAAAAAUUGUGGUUGGCUCUUGUGAAGCUACCUGAUUAG